CCCCCCCCCCCCCCCCACCCCUUUCCUCUUCCUCGCGACGAAAACCUAGCCGCCGAAAAAUCCGCCAUGGCUCGCCGCGCCCGCGACGACGACGACGACGACGAGGUGGAGGAGGAGGACGAGGAGGAGGCGUACGACCUCGAGGACGAGGAGGAGGAGGAGGACGACGAGGACGACUACGAGGCGGAGGCGAGGGGCGGGGGCAAGGCCUCCCGCUCCUCCUCCUCCCGCGGCGGCGGUGGCGGGGGAGGCGGGGGGAGGAAGCGGUCGCGGGAGGACAACUUCAUUGACGACUCCGCCAUCGAGGACGACGAGGAGGAUGACGACGACGACGACGGCGGGGGCCGCCCGAAGAAGAAGGGCGGCGGCGGCGGGGUGCGCGGGUUCUUCGACGAGGAGGCGCAGGUGGAUGAGGACGAGGAGGAGGAGGACGACGGCGAGGGCGAGGACGAUUUCAUCAAUGAUGCUGGGGCCGACCUUCCAGACGAGGAUGUCGUUAGGGGCUCAAGGCAUCGUUCAAUACCUAUGAGGGAUGAAGAAGAGGAUAUUGAUGAAAUUGAAAGACAAGUAAGGGAGAGAUAUGCAAGAUCUACUCAUAUUGAGUAUGGAGAAGAAGCUGCUGAAGUAGAACAGCAAGCUCUCUUGCCAUCGGUGAAGGAUCCAAAGCUAUGGAUGGUGAAAUGUGCGAUUGGGCACGAGAGGGAGACAGCAAUUUGUCUAAUGCAAAAGUUCAUUGAUAGAUCAGAUCUCCAGAUAAAGUCAGUUGUUGCGCUAGACCAUCUAAAGAAUUAUAUUUAUGUUGAAGCGGAGAAGGAGGCCCAUGUCAAGGAGGCUUGCAAAGGUCUACGAAACAUUUACGCUUCAGCAAAAAUAACAUUAGUUCCUAUAAAAGAAAUGGCAGAUGUCCUCUCUGUGGAGAGCAAAUCUGUUGAUCUUUCUAGGGACGCUUGGGUUCGAAUGAAGCUGGGUAUAUAUAAAGGUGACCUUGCUAAGGUUGUCGAUGUUGACAAUGUGCGCCAAAGGGUUACUGUGAAGCUGAUCCCUAGAAUAGAUUUACAAGCUUUGGCUAGUAAACUGGAAGGGAGGGAGGCUGUGAAGAAGAAAGCAUUUGUCCCACCACCACGUUUCUUUAAUAUUGAUGAGGCCAGGGAGAUGCACAUUCGUGUGGAACGGAGGAGGGAUAAAGACUCUGGGGAGUACUUUGAGAUGAUUGAUGGCUUAAUGUUCAAAGAUGGCUUCUUAUACAAAACUGUCUCAAUAAAAUCAAUCAGCACACAGAAUAUUCAGCCAUCAUUCGAUGAACUGGAGAAGUUCAGAAAACCUGGUGAUGACAUGAAUGGGGAUAUGUCUAGCUUGUCUACGCUUUUUGCUAAUAGGAAAAAGGGGCACUUUAUGAAGGGUGAUGCUGUCAUUGUUAUCAAAGGUGAUCUGAAAAAUUUGGAGGGUUGGGUUGAGAAAGUAGAGGAUGAGACUGUUCACAUCAGACCAAAAAUAUCUGAUCUACCGAAAACGUUAGCCUUCAAUGAGAAAGAGCUUUGCAAGUAUUUUAAACCCGGAGAUCAUGUUAAAGUGGUAUCAGGUGUUCAAGAAGGUGCAACAGGCAUGGUUGUUAAAGUGGAAGGGCAUGUCUUGAUAAUUUUAUCUGACACGACAAAAGAACAUAUACGUGUGUUUGCGGACCAUGUUGUGGAGAGCUCUGAGAUCACAACGGGAAUAACCAGAAUUGGUGAUUAUGAGCUGCAUGAUCUUGUUCUUUUGGACAACUUGUCAUUUGGGGUUAUUAUAAGGGUGGAAACUGAGGCAUUUCAGGUUCUGAAAGGAGUACCGGAUAGACCAGAAGUUGUCCUAGUAAAAUUAAGAGAAAUAAAAAGCAAGAUUGAUCGCCGAACAUCCGCAAAAGAUCGGUCCAACAAUAUGAUUUCAUCUAAGGAUGUUGUCCGAGUAGUUGAGGGAGCAUGCAAGGGAAAACAAGGACCAGUGGAACACAUACAUAAGGGGAUAUUAUUUAUCUAUGAUAGACACCACCUCGAGCAUGCAGGCUUUAUUUGUGCAAAAGCACAGUCCUGUCUUCUUGUUGGUGGAUCAGCUGGUGGACGUCGUGGAAAUGGUAUGGAUACGUCAGAUCCAAGGCUUGGUGCUUUGAGAUCUCCAGCAAGCAUUUUGCAAUCACCGGGAAGGCUGCCCCCAAGAGGACCUCAUAUGAACUUUGGUGGAAGGUUUGGAGGAGGUGGUCGUGGUGGCAGAGGGCAUGAUGCAUUGGUGGGCAAAUGUAUUAAAAUUAAAUCUGGUCCUUACAAGGGGUACCGUGGCCGUGUUAAAGAGGUGACUGGCGUGCUUGUGCGUGUGGAGCUUGAUUCGUUAAUGAAGAUUGUGACAGUUAAAAGAGAUGAUAUUGCUGAUACACCUACUGUUGCAACACCAUUCCGUGAACCUCGUUAUCCGUUGGGUGGUGAAACUCCAAUGCACCCAUCUCGAACACCGCUUCAUCCUUACCAGACACCAAUGCGGGACCCUGGAGCAACCCCAAUACACGAUGGCAUGCGGACUCCUAUGCGUCGUGGCUGGGCUCCUAUGAGUCCUCCGAGGGAUAACUGGGAAGAAGGAAAUCCUGCUACUUGGGGAAGCAGUCCAGCUUACCAGCCAGGAACUCCACCAGCUCGGCCAUAUGAAGCACCCACACCUGGAUCAGGGUGGGCAAAUACGCCAGGAGUUAGCUAUAAUGACGCUCCAACUCCCAGGGAGAGCAACUACGGAAAUGCUCCAAGCCCAUAUGUGCCUUCCACUCCUGUAGGUCAACCAAUGACACCGAAUUCUGCCUCGUACCUUCCUGGUACACCUGGUGGUCAACCGAUGACUCCAGGCAAUGUUGGAAUGGACAUAAUGUCGCCUAUAAUAGGUGGUGAAGGUGAAGGUAACUGGCUGUUGCCAGAUGUUUUGGUUAAUGUGUUGAGGGCAGGCGAUGAUGGUCCUGGUGUGGUGAGGGAAGUUCUUGCGGAUGGAUCUUGUCGCGUCGCCCUUGGGUCAUCAGGUAAUGGUGAGAUCGUGACGGUUCUUCCAACCGAGCUCGAGGUUAUUCGGCCAAAGAAGAGCGACAAGAUCAAGAUAAUGAACGGCAAUUUCCGUGGAUACUCUGGAAAGCUCAUAGGUAUAGAUGGUUCCGACGGCAUUGUGAAGCUUGAUGACACAUACGAAGUCAAGAUCUUAGAUAUGGUGAUUUUGGCCAAACUGGCGAGUUGAGAUGGAUGUAUAUUUUGUACGAGUCCAUCGUAUAGCCAAAUGUUUGUAACAGAUACCCUUUGUAGUCAAUAAAACGUUUUGUUAUUUAUUCCAUUAUUUAGUUGUAUCCAGAUUUUGACAUCGAAAGAAAACUUGCCUUAAGAAAA